AUUUAAAUUGAAAUUAGACUAUGGAUAAUUUACAUAUAUAUUUGUGUUUAUAUGAUUAUAUAUAUAAUCUAAAAUCUAAUUAUUAUAAUUUAUAUUUGAAUUGUAGAUAUGAAGAAAUAUUAUCCAAUAGUUCCAAAUUUAUCACAUCAAAUUGAACCAGAGGUUGAUAGAAGUUCAAAGAGACUGUAAUUCAAUAAAUAUGGCAAAUCUUCCAACUGAUCCUGGAUUACGAGCUCCAAUUUCUGAUUAUAAUCCCAAUAUUCAAGAUGAAAUUCGAAGACAUUAUUUACAACAAGGGCCUUGCAAACCAAGAAGUCACAAUUUUCCUCCUACUUUCUUUGGAAAACAAAAGCGUUGGUUCAACAUUGCAUGGUUUGAUCAAUUUCCUACUUGGCUAGAAUAUAACAUAAGUAAAAAUUCUGUGUUUUGUCUAUAUUGCUAUAUUUUUAAACCAAACAAUGGAAAACAAGGUGGCGGUCAAACAUUUGUUAGUAAAGGUUUUUCAAAUUGGAAGGACAAAAAAAGAUUUAUUAUUCGUGUAGGAGAUCACAAUAGUGAUCAUUAUCAAAGUUACAAGAAGUGUGAAGAUUUAAUGAAUGAAAAACAACAAAUUCAACAUAUAUUUUCGAAGAAGAAUAACAAUGAUCUAAAUAGUUACUAUGUUCGAUUAACUGCAUCGGUUGACAGUAUUCGAUUUCUUCUACGACAAGGUCUUGCAUUUCGUGGUCAUGAUGAGUCCCAAAAUUCUACUAAUCAAGGUAACUUUCUUGAACUUUUAACUUUUUUGGUUGAUCAUAAUGAAGAAAUUAGAGCUGUUGCUUUGAAGAAUGCUCCUGAAAAUCUUAAAUUGACUUCACCAAAGAUUCAAAAGGAUAUUGUAAAUGCAUCUAUAAAAGAGCAAAUGGUCGUAAUGUUUCGUUACGUGGACAAGAAAGGGUAUGUAAUUGAACGAUUCAUUGGGAUUGAACAUGUUCCAAAUACUACAGUUGUCUCACUAAAAAUAGCAAUUGAUAAGCUAUUUUCAAAGCAUGGGUUGAGCAUAUCUAGAUUACGUGGUCAAGAGUAUGAUGGAGCUAGCAACAUGAGUGGAGAGUUUAACGGUUUAAAGAGUAUUAUCAUGAAGAAAAUUGAAUGUGCUUUCUUUGUCCAUUGCUUUGCUCAUCAGUUACAGUUAGCGCUCAUGGGUGUGGCCAAAAAGCAUGAUUUAAUAGGUACUUUUCUCACUGUGGUAUCAAAUGUGGUGAAUAUUGUUGGAGCUUCAUCUAUGCGUCGCGACAUUCUUCGAGAAAAACAAGCUGCCAAAGUCAUUGAAGCAUUAAAAAGUGGACAACUUUCAAGUGGAAAAGGCCUAAAUCAAGAUAAUGGGAUUAAACGUCCAUGUGAGACACGUUGGGGAUCACAUUUUCGUACUUUGGUAAGCUUUACUAUCAUGUUUUCAUCUAUUACUGAUGUGCUUGAGGAGAUUGCAAAUGAUAGUUUGAAUAGUGACCAAAAGUAUGAAGCAUCUAUCAUGUUACAAGUGGUGCAAACAUAUGAUUUUGUAUUUAGCUUGAAUUCGGUGAAGAAUAUACUUGGAAUUACAAAUGAGUUGUCACAAGUCUUAGAAAGAGGUGAUCAAGAUAUUGUAAAUGCCAUGGAUUUAGUUAGAGUAUGCAAGAAACAAUUACAAAUGAUGAGAGAUAAUGGAUGGAAUUCUCUAAUGGAAGAAGUGUCUGAUUUCUGUGUUGAGAUGAACAUUGAUGUUCUUAAUAUGGAUAAUAUGUAUUGUGCUCAAGGAAAAUCACGACCCAAGGCUCCAAAGCUUACAAAUUUUCACUUCUUUCGUAUUGAUUAUUUCAAUACUGUGAUAGAUUUACAACUACAAGAGUUAAAUAGUCGUUUCAAUGAGGCUAACACUGAGUUGUUGCUUUGUUUGGCAUGUUUGUCUCCCAAUAAUUCAUUUUCUGCUUUUGACAAGGGAAAGUUAAUUCGUCUUGCUCAACUUUAUCCACAUGAUUUUUCUACAACAGAUUUAAAGAUGUUAGAGUGUCAACUUCAAACUUAUGUUGAAGAUAUCCGUUCUCAUGUUGCAUUUUUAGAAUUGAAAGGAAUUGCUGAUCUUUCUAAGAGACUAUAUUUGCUUAUUAAAUUGGCACUAACACUUCCAGUUGCAACAGCUUUAGUAGAAAGAGCAUUCUCAGCUAUGAACAUUGUGAAAAAUCAAAUGCGCAACAAAAUGGGAGAUCAAUGGUUGAAUGACAGUUUGACAGUACAUCUCGAAAAGGAUGUAUUCAAUGCUAUUGACAACGAGCUUAUCAUUCAUCGUUUUCAAAACAUGAAAACUUGUCGAUGACAACUCUAAAGAUAUGAGCUCAAAAAUUGAUAUAUUUUGCUAAAAUUUUAGAAUAUUGAGUGUGUUAUAUAUUUUGAACAUCGUUUUAGAUUUUCUUUUUUUUUUUUUUCUAUUGGAGGAUUUUUAGUGUUUGAUAUUUAAUAUCUUUUUAGUUGGGAAUUGAAAUAUUGAAUUGUGUUUUUCUUUAUGUUUACUUGUUUUUUUUUUUUGGAAUAUUUUUAUAUAUGAAAAAAAUUUACGCCCACCCUCCAAUUAAAUUCUGGGUCCGCCACUGUAUGGUGGGAUGUUAUAAAUUGUUUGGUGGAUAUAAUAUAAUCUUAUUCAUAAAAAAAACUUAGUCGAUGACGUGGUCAUGUUUGGUUAUUAGCAAUAAUCUUAUGGCUGACAUUAAGCAUUUUAUUGAGUCCAUCUCUUUUUGUUACGCAGAUUAUGACUCCUAUUUAUCUGCCUCUUCCGAGGAUGUUACAACCCUUGUUGGUCAAGAUUGCAAUGUUAAAGUUGAAAGGGACACUGUGUGCGUUGUGGCUAUUGCCAGGGACCACAACGAAUCUGUUUUGUGGGUGGUUACAAACAAGCUCAAUUUCUCUGAUUCUCUCAUUGGAGAAGCUGCGGCUUGUCUGUUAGCUAUGAAAACGGUUGUCUCUUUACAGCAUCCUAUUGUUUUGGUGGAGAGCGAUUCUAAAAUAGUUAUCAAGAUUCUGAGGGGCACUCGUUCCAACUGGGAGACUGACAACUAUGUGCAUUAUUGUAAACACCUCUCUACUAAAUUAUUAUGUUGUAAUUUUUCUUUUAUUCAUAGAUAUUGUAAUUUCGCGACCCAUAACGUGGUUACGUGGACUUUUGCAAACAAUGUAACUGGUAUGGUAAAGCUAUCAUCUAUACUAGACAAUAUCUUUUG